UGUGACAUCUGUUAUAUUAAUUUUAAUAGACCUACGUGAUUGGAUAAAGUAUCUUCUUUUACAGUGAAAGAAAAUGGGACGUGCCAAUUCGUCAAUUGUGAGUUUUAACUCAUCCAGAAGAGGACUCAAUUCAUUGAAGACAUCGGAAAGGAGCACAUAUCUUAAGAGCAUUUUUGAGGGAUCUUCGCCCGAUAUUUGUCUACUCCCCGGCGAUGACAAAGCUAUGUCUAUGAAUGCUGUGGUUGGCUACGGACAGUAUCAGGUCCCAUCGGCCGACGGGACAGUUCUGUUGUAUGACAAUAAAAGGAUUAGUAUGAGUGAACCACAGGUCAGUCUGAACAGUUUUGGACCACUGCCGGAAAUUGACACAUACAAAAUGGUGUGCCCCAGUGUUCAAGUGUUGGAUGGACGGUCCGUUGUAAAAGAGUUUUCGCUCGUGUCCUGGAAAUACACAAUGUUUACGGAAUCUAAGGAAAGGACAAGGACCCUUGAAAGUACGAUAGUUUUUUCUCAAAGGCUUGCAUUUUCAACCGGAAAACCUGUUUUUAUUGGGGGUGAAAUGGCCAUCGAUUGCGAAACCAUUCAAACGAUAACGACGAACCUUUCGCAGAAGGGAAAAGAAAGGUUUUUGUCUGACGCCCAGUCUGAAAUGGUAGAGCACGCCUUCCUACCGUCCACGACAAGUGCCACGUUUCGGGACAGGCGACAUCUCUUUGAACUGAAACUGUACGGAUGCAAAAGUGGUCCAAUGCUUUCUUCAAGCGGAAGUCAACCUGAUUGCUUCAUUUCUUCUAAGAUCCUGGAGCUCUCCGAAGCAAAGCUGGUAGACGUGGAGAAGGUCUGUAGCAGGCAGUGUAAACUAGAAACGCUGCGAAAGAUCUGCCCUACGGAGACGACCGUGACCAUUCCCCAGUGUCCACCACGGCACCAGGGUGGCUAAUAUUAUUUACUGAAUAAUAUCCGACAGCUCAAGAAAGACAUCCGUCGAGUGAAUGUUAUUUGCAAACUCUUUUCAUGCCUACUGAACGUUUAAUGUGUUUUAAAAUCGACUUUUUCUACGAAAACAACUGUGAAUUUGUGAUAGGCUUUUGUAUCGAAUCUGGUCGUAUUGAUCGGAAUCGGAGGCCAAAAACUUAAAUACUGGCCAUAACUAAAAAAACAUUCAAGAUAUUCAAGUGCAACUGUGUACACGUAUUAAUACAAAUGCGCACAUUUGUAACAAUGCUAUUCACUUAGAAAUAAUAACUUUUAAACUAAAACAACAG